CGGGGACGGGGACAGGGACGUCAAGCACCUUGAAUACACAUACCAAGCCGAAAAAACGUGGGCGCCCAAGAAAACGGGACCUCCCCAUAAGGGAAACGGAACGUGGCCCCGAGGACGUAUCGGUACUUCCACCUGUCGGCUCCGUCGUUUCCGGCCCUUCACUAUCUACACCACAGAAGUCCCUGUAUGCUGCGGCUGACGAACUGGUCAUGGAUGCACAGGGCUAUGUGGAAGUUGAGGAUGGAGUUGAAGGCAACGCAGCGUAUCAACAGCCAUACAAUCAAUCAACCAAUGCACAGAGUGCUGGGCAUAGUCCGUCACGCAAGACAGACAAGUCGAGUAGGCCCGUUGCUGCAACGUUUUCACCUCAACUUCAGGUACAUAUAAAAUCAUUGAAGCCAGUGCUCGGGCAAGCUGCAAGCGCUGGCGGAUUUACUCCAGCUGCUCGCAGUGCAGGCAGGUGGGCCUCGCCCUCGCCUUCGCCCUUUCAUCAAGCAGCCGCUGGUUCUCAGACACCGUCUGUCCAGGAUCUUGCCCGGAAUGCGUCUCUCAAGCCUUCGCGGAAGAGAAAGAGAAAAGAACCCAGCGAACACCAGGGCCCGCUAGAAGAACCAGUCUGGGUUGUGAAGCGCUUAGAAGAAGAUCAAAUUGUCGAUGACCACGGCCAGGUGCAACGGUACUUCAAGGUGAGGUGGGCAGGGGAUUGGCCGCCUGACCAAAAUCCCACCUGGGAGCCCGAGUCCAAUUUGCCUCCCAAGUUGAUAAAAGACUAUCUCAAAAGGAAUGCAGCCGAUGCAAAGUCUUCUAAAAUGAAAGCCGAGGAGCUCAAGAAAAGACCCGCCGUGCCAUUGACACGCAAAUAUUCUAGCGUCGCAGAGGCGUUUGAGGGGGAGGUAGAAGACGAGCUUCAUCAUGACGCCUCUAAUUACAGCGAUCAUGUGGACUUGGAUAUGGACGCGGACAUGGAAGAAAAAUUGUUAGUCGAAGAAAGCGAGAGGACCGCUGAGCUUGCUCAGUCACACCCUCCAGCAAGGACGAAUCUACCCUACUUUCAAGGUCUCAGACCUUUUGCAGAGUACACUGGUAGCGGUAACAGAUACGGGCAACCCAAAACUAACUCAGACCCCUACCUCUAGUACGGCUUUGGAGCUAGUGGACGAAAAGAGGUGUGAUGUGAGCUUGAAGACGACGAAGGGCUUGUUUAGACGCUGUCACAAAGUUGAUGAAAGGCCACACAAGCCACACGCGUGCCAUGUAUAUCCAUACGUGUUGCAAAGAUUAUAGUUGUAUAUAUGGGACUCCAUUGUCAAGAGGGCAGUCUGCCGAAAUCCAUGAAAUCGACCAAAAACAAAUGAAAAGAAAUUACAUUGUUCCAGCC